AUGUGCAACCGGGAUAUGUGCUCCUGCUUGCUAACGAAAGGAGUUGCAGAAUGCAGUCACCUGAAUUGUGAUGUCGGCCAGCAAUACGCCAGGGCUUGCAACAAACAUGGAGUCCAUGUCAGUUGGCGAUCGGAUACUUUCUGUCAUUUCUAUCUUUCUAUUUUUUUUUUCUACAGCUUUUGCGGUGAGGCUGGUCGUUGGUCUUGCGUCCCGGAUAAUGAUUGCCCCGCAGUGUGCUCCCUAUCUGGCGACCCCCAUUUUAAAACUUUCGACGGUCGCCAGUUCUUCUUCGAAGGCGAGUGCGAAUAUGUGCUUUCUCAGUUCCAGGGUAAGGAGAGCGGGACGCAGGCCUACUUUGCUGUCUGGAUCGAAAACAAAUACUGCAACAAAAUUACCGAUGGAGUGUGUACCAAAGUGAUUACCCUAAAGUUGGGCAGAGACGAAAACCAGCAAAUCGUCCGUAUUUGUUUUAUACUGUACUGUACCUAUUUUAAACUUUUCAUAUCUAUCUAUCUAUCUAUCUAUCUAUCUAUCUAUCUAUCUCAUAUUGUUCAUUAUCUAUCUCAUCUGUUCAUUAUCUAUUUGCCUAUCUAUCUAACACCACCUUCUUUAUCUAUCUGUCUUUUCACAUCUAUCUAUCUAUCUAUCUAUCUAUCUAUCUAUCUAUCUAUCUAUCUAUCUCUUUUGAUUCACAUGCCGCCUAAAUACACACAAUCUAUCUAUCUAUCUAUCUAUCUAUCUAUCUCUUUUGAUUCACGUCUAUCUAUCUAUCUAUCUAUCUAUCUAUCACAGUCUGUUCAUUAUCAGUCUAUCUAA